AUGCCAAACAAUCAUGACACAUCCUACUCGGAUAUACUGAGAUACAUAUCCUCUCUGCAAAAAACUAAUCCCAACACUGUUGUUGAUAUAGAAACUCAACCAGACAGUCUUGGCCGCAACAUGUUCAGAUGCAUGUUCUUGUCCUACGCAGCUUCUCGUCGUGCUUUCAUGCAUUCCCCACAAGUAAUAAUCAUCUGUGGCAAUUACCUGAAUUGGCGCACAAGGAGUUUCCUCAUAGUUGCAGAAGGGAUAGAUGUGGAACGCCAACAAUUUCCUUUGGCAUUCGGUGUCCUCGAUGGCGACAAUACAAGUUCCUGGAAAUGGUUCCUAACAAAAUUGGCUACCAUUUUUGAGGAUCGUCCCGAGUUGACUAUCUUCUCCCCCAGAUUCGAUUUCACCUUACAGACUUUGUCAUUGCAGUUUCCCUUGGCGGAGAAAGCGGUAUGUAUUCGUCAACUCUUGCUAAACAUCCAACAGAGCUACAGAAACCCCGAAAUAACGGGCCUUGUGCAACGUGCUAGUUACGAGUACUCCAAACGUCGCUUCCUUGCCUGUUACAAGGAAAUAAAAAAGAUGAGUCCACAUUGUGAACAGUACCUUAAGCGACUAGGGUUUGAACGGUGGAGUAUGGCUUUUUCCAACGGCUAUCGUUUCGACGUUUAUAGUGCAGAGGUUAACGAUUUGCGACACCUGAGUAGGCAGAAUUCCAUCAUGGGUUUGCUCCACUACAUUCACUGGCAUGUUAGUAGCCAGUUCACAUGGCGUUACGGCAAAGCAAUGGAGCAUCAGGGAUAUGUAAGUCCUUACAUAGAAGGUCUGAUUUCAAAGAGAACACCUACUUUCGAUAGUUGGGGAUUCCUUAAGGUCUCUGACUAUUCUUGUGAAGUUGUAAACACAAAUGGGGAGUCUUUUUUAGUCGAUCUGGACCGUAAGUCAUGUUCCUGUGUGGCUCUCCAGAAGAUGUUAGUGCCAUGUGAGCAUAGCCUAGUCGCAGCCCAAAACCUGGGAAUCUCUCCACUAACAUUGGUAGGAAGCGUCUACAGCACCGCACAAUGGUUGAAAACUUAUUCGGAGUACUUGCAGCCGUAUUUGAAGUUCAGGACAAUGAGAUAA